AUGAGGCCGCAUCAGACUCCAAGUCGUCGCACUGCGCCUUUGUUUCGACCGCCGCAUACUCCGGCCUCACAUAACCCGAUUCCAUCUUCUUCACCAGCUUUUGGAACCCCGGUCCACCCGCCGAAACCGUAUGCGCCAAAAGAUGCGACAUCUACAAAGCAGACAAUUCUACCUAUCCUACUUCCACCGCCAACGCUUCGACCGCUGGCAUUUCGCACAUUUACCAAAAAGCACAAUCUCACCUUGAGCUCCUCGGCAUUGCAGGCACUCGCGUCCUUUAUUGGCACUCAUUGCGGCGCAGGAUGGCGGGAGCAAGGCUUGGCCGAGAAGGUCUUGGAAGAAGUCGCAAAGAGCUGGAAGAAGCUUGGCGGGCCUGUCAUUGUCGAUGGCGAGAGUGCCGAGCUUCAAACGAUACUGAAAAAUAUCGAGGGAGCUAUGAGCGGGGGCAGAAUACAACAAGGCAAAUCGCUGAGUCGACAAAAUAGUUUCGCUUUUGGGGACGGUCUUGAGAAGCUCGCUGCGGAUGCUGUAGGAGGUGGCAGUCCAGGCAGUCUAGAACGGGAGGAUAGCCAAGCAAGUUUUGGUCUCUCGGCUUUGGGCAUGGACGAAGAGGAAGAAGAGUUAGCCAGUGAUCCCCGGAAAUGGCUCAAGGUUAUUUCAGCAUUUGAACAACCUAGACUAUUCUACAACGUUGCCAAGAAGCAUUUCGAAAGAGCAAACGCACCCCCCUCCCUCCUAGCUUCGGCGUCGCAAAAGACGCAACUUUUCCGACAUCGCUAUGAUAUGGUCUAUCAAAGGCUUCUACGAAACGAAUCCUUCCAAGUGCCAUCUCUUACACCGGCUCGCUCUAGCUUACUACGCUCUACGUCAAACAUGGCUACAAUACAACAGGCAUACAAACUUACCGCAAUAACAAAUCUGCUAGGUCGCAGUGGUACUAGUCAUCUACUACUUGGGCUGCUGACCAUAGCUCCUACUGGAAACCUGGCUAUAAAUGACCUUACGGGGAGCAUUGCUCUUGACCUGACGCAUGCGCGGCCAGUACCCGAGGACGGAGCUUGGUUUGCGCCUGGGAUGAUCGUGUUAGUUGACGGUAUCUACGAAGAGGAUUCGAAUCCCGCAGCAGAAGUCCUGGGAGGCGGCGGUGGCAUUGGGGGUACGAUUGGAGGAAAAUUCGUCGGAUUCUCCGUCGGGGGCCCUCCGUGCGAGAGACGUGAGACUAGCCUAGGGAUCAGCCUUUCAGGCAAAGACGGAGACGUGGUUGCAAGCGGUGGGUUCGGCUGGAUCGAUUUCCUUGGUGUAGGGAGCGAGCGCGCCGUGGGCUCAAGGAUGCGCCGAAUCGAGGAUCGCGUGCUACGCCUUUCAGAAACAGGGCAGGAAGACGGAGAUGACGAAGAGGCAAAUAGCAACCAUGGGCGAGAAAGGAUGAUUAUCCUGGGAGAAGUCAACCUCGAUCAAAUGCGCACUCUGGAUGCUUUGCGAAAAGUCUUUGAACACUAUUCUAGCGAGAGUUCCGACAAUGUCCCAAUGACGGUAGUGCUGAUGGGUAAUUUUGUUCAACAUGCCGUAAUGGCUGGCGGUGGGAGCGGCGGAAGCAUCGAGUACAAGGAGUAUUUCGAUGCCCUCGCGUCGACGUUAUCAGAUUUCCCUACGUUGCUUCAACACUCAACUUUCAUCUUUGUCCCAGGAGACAAUGACCCUUGGGCAUCCGCGCUGUCAGCCGGUGCUGCCACGGCAAUUCCCCGCAAGAAUUUACCUGAGCUUUUCACUUCGCGCAUCAAACGAGCCUUCGCAUCCGCGGCGGCCGAUGCCGAGCGUGCAACGGGUAGAAAGCCUGACGCAGAAGUUAUCUGGACCAGCAACCCCUCGCGCCUUUCUCUGUUCGGACCUACCCAAGAGAUUGUUCUCUUUAGAGACGACAUUUCUGCCCGCUUCCGCCGUAAUGCAAUCACGUUUCGUCCCGUUCCACAGCAAACUCUAGAACCGGACCCCGAUGCUCCCGCUGGUGACAUUGUCAUGGCCGAUGGAGCUGCACCCGCACCAUCUCAGACCGAGGCAACUCCUGGCGUGGAUGACACUGAAGCCGGGCAGGAAGCACAAAAUUCGAAUCCGGCUCAGGGCAUGGAUGUCGACCAUGCAGUUGAAGCAGCCGAGUCACAUACCCCAGCCCCUGCUGGCAGGCCCAAUGAGCUUUCUGAUGGAGUUGGUGUUGACACGACAACGGCGUCUAACCAAGUCUCACUAGAUACUCAGACUGCCCGAAAACUUGUCAAAACUAUCCUCGACCAAGGUUAUCUCUCGCCGUUUCCAUUGUCUAUACGGCCGGUCAUUUGGGACUUUGCUACAGCUUUAGAGCUUUAUCCGCUUCCUACCGCUCUGGUACUAGCUGAUCAGGACGCUCCUCCGUUUACAGUAACGUACGAGGGCUGUCACGUCAUGAACCCGGGCAAGCUUGUGGCGCCAGAUCGCAAAGGCAUUGCUCGCUGGAUAGAGUACGAUGCACGAACGCGUCGUGGGCAGGUCAAGGAAGUGUCUUUCUAGAUUUUUUUUUUUUUCCCCCUCUUUCCAUUCUCAUACAUUUAUAUUUUAUUUCCUGUCUUUCGCGCGGAUGCUUUAUCUGGCUUCAUGAACGGCACGAUCGUUGCAGGCAUUGUUUACGGCGUAUGAGCAUAUACUACGGGUGGCAUUUCUUACGUGAUAAAGAGCUAGGUAUCUGAUUUAAAAUUGCAAUUGUUCUGCUACACUUAUGUGGCAAACUCCGCUACUCUACAUACAUGUUCAUCAACACAAGAAGAAAGAACCAUCAUGGCACACCGUCAGAACAAGAUGACAAACUCCAGGAUUUGCUACUACCAACACUGAGAGACAAACGCAGUAUAAACCCAAUAGCAUCUUCUUUAUGCCAACUCGCACCCGCCUCAUCACUGCGCACUAUGGCUUUAUCGGCUCAUCAUUCAUCAACUUGAGCAUCAAUUCGGUGAAUGACCCAUUCGGGUUCAUCAGCUGAGCUUGCGGGC